CCUGGUGCUCAGUUGUGCUCAUCGUUUACCCGUGAUCUGACGUUUAGUAAAAUAAUUGUAGUGCUAGCAGCUAGAGAGCAAACCCCCAAAUAUGUAGCUACAGACUUGCCGUUUGCGUUGCACUUGUGUUUCGAUUGAUCGAAGUUUAUCAAAGCCUUAUUUGUCGAUGUCGGAUAAUGAUUGGCUGCAUUAUCUGCUGUGCCAUUGAGCUUAAGUUACCACCGACGGUGACUGCUAUCGUGCCGCUUUCGCUCUCCUGGCGACGACGCCGGCCCGUGUGAACAGCGCGUUGUGUGAAAAUCUAGUGAUAUAUAAAUUUAGAAAAUCAUUAGCUCGGCGCAACCACAGCUGCAGCACAGCGGGAAUCAUCAUUCUGCCUGGCUCGGGGAAAAACAGGGAAACCCAACGCAAGCGGGUUGGUCUCGAUGGUUUAAUGUCAAAGCGAUACCAACACCACGCUUUCCACGCUUUACAAUUACGACCACAGUGCCACCGUGUUUGCUGUGUUAAAGUGAUGAAAAAUCACUCGGAUACGAUUUAAGCGGUGUGUCGAUUCUUAGCCGAAGAAGCUGCCUUUUGCCACACCCAAGACAUAUUCGUUGGGAAUUAGUGAAACGGAUUACUUUGUGUGUAUUUAGCAACAUUAAGUUCGUGUGUUGUGAGUGACUACAAAUCAAAGUGAAACUAGUUCCGGCAGCCGAACGGAGAAAGCUUGAAGAUCACAAAACACUAAAAAUAUCGUUCUGGUGUGUGCCGAAUUUGACCCGAUGAAGCGUGAUGCGGUGGGGAAACUCACUCACACGCACGAUGGAAAAAAGCCAUGCAGACGUGUGAAAGUGUUAUAACUAACUUAUCGGUUACGCAUAAUCAUGCUUAAAUAACUUAAGCAAAACAAAAAUGCCGUAGUGAACGUGUCUGUUAAACAAUAUUACAACUGUAUAGAUCAAUCUCACACUAAUACACAAAGACAUAGCAGUCCGCGUAACUGUAACUGCUCAACCAGUGCUACCAAUGCUAACUAAACAGCGGAGCAACGUGGGACAGCAUCAUCGUCAGCAACAUUAUGAUAACGAAAUGAGUUCGUCCUUCGUCCCACUCCGUUGAAGCAGUAGCGUUAGAUAGUUGACACACAGUCCUCCCAUUACCACAGUCGACCAGAGAUGGCCGCGUCGAAAAAAUCUAGUGGCAGCAUCCACAAAAUUCGGGAAUUCGAGCUUGAUAAAGUGGUGCUGUCGGACGAGUUUGACAUCUUGCAAAUUGUCGGCGAAGGAUGGUUUGGAAAAAUAUUGCUCGUGGAGCACCGUGCGACCGACACGGAGAUGGUGCUGAAGCUGCUGCCCAAACCGUUCGUCUCACUGACAGAUUUUUACAAGGAAUUUCACUUCAGCCUCAUGCUGGGACAGCAUAAAAAUAUUGUUACCACUUAUGAUGUCGCUUUCGAGACGGCCGGAUUCUACGUCUUCACGCAGGAAUAUGCACCAUUGGGCGACCUUACCUCGAACGUGUCGGACAGUGGGAUCGGUGAGCUGCAUACAAAGCGCGUCGCCCGGCAGCUUGCUUCGGCGAUCGAUUACAUACAUCAAAAAGACCUCAUCCACCGGGACAUCAAGCUAGACAAUGUGCUGGUGUUUCGUUCGGAUUUUGCUCGCAUUAAGCUGUGCGACUUUGGCGAAUCGAGAAAGCUGGGCGAGGAAGUGCUGAGACGCAACGAGUGGCUACCGUACAGUCCGCCCGAAGUGCUGCUCGUAAAAACGGAUGAUAAAUACAAGACUGAUACGGCGCACGACGUGUGGCAGUUUGGCAUCGUGUGCUUCGUGUGUCUGACCGGGUGCCUGCCCUGGCAGAAAGCAUCGAUCGACGAUCCACGGUACAAUCGGUACGCGCAAUGGCACCAGGCCACGCUCACCUUCCCGAUGAAGCGCUGUCCCAAGCUGUUCAAGCUGCUUUCCGCCCGGGCCUGCAAACUGUUCAAGAAGUUUUUGGAUCCGCGGGCCGAUCGACGGCUCAAGACGCUGAGCGAUUUGCAAAAGUAUCUGGAUGACCGGUGGCUCGGUAAGACGGCCGAAAAGGAGAUGGCAGAAAAUGAGCCGGACGAGCUGUGUCCCUCCAUGUACUCGUUCCACAGCAGUGUGGAGGAAAAGAAUAAGCUUCUCGGGACCCUGGCUCAAUGUGGCAUCGAGACGACCGUUGAUCGGGCUGCCAAGAAAAACCGCAUUCGAGACUGGAUCCAAUCGUCGGUGAUUAUGGAGGAAGAGGAGGAAGACGAUUCGGGAUCCGCUACACCCUCGUCGACCGUAUCGCGCACGGCCGUACCCGGGCAUGUAUCGUCCGUGGCCGCCCUGGAACGGGCGGAGAAAAAGAUCAACUCCACCGUAAAGGAAGCGUCCCAGAAACACAUCGACCCGAGAACGGGAACGGUUCAGGUCGGUCCGAGCGAGAUGGGAUCGGUUAACGUGCGGGACGGGAACAAUAACUGGCACCAGGCGGCACCGAACAUCAACGGACAUUCGAUUGCCACGAACGCUGGCAAGCAUAGCCUGCUCGUGGCUACGCACGGUCUCGUAAAGGAGGCAUUUAAUACGGUUGCGUCCGUUGCGGUACCUGCCACCGAGAUCAGUCGCAAUGGGUCGUACGAUAAGAAGAGUAGCCUACAGGACAGUGGGUACGGUAGUCUGAAGGGUGGGCUCAAGGGUGCCUCAGCCAGUAGAAGAAUUGCCAAAUCGCCAACCCUUCCCAAACGCUCCACCUUCAUCCGAUCGGAGAACAAUCCGUUUGAAGAGCAAGAGUCCGGUGAAGAGCGCGACAGCCAGAGCAUGGAGUUUGACGAGCUGGAAACCGAUCGUGGAUCGGACGGGUUUCUUAAUGCGACACCCGCGAAGCAAGCAGCACCCGAGAAGCCCCAGAAAAGCACCUACGAGAAGAUUUUCUUCCGGAGAAAAUAAUGCUGAACAAUUGAUCAUCGUACUCGUACUUACUUCUGUUACAAUUAUCGAACGUGAAUUGAGGAGCGAUCGCACAGGAUGAUCUUGUAUUUUGAAACUAUAAUUCGCACCGAUUUGUUUUCUGCGUUACUACAAACCAUUCACAGCACCGAUUGUUCCACAGCACGUGUUUCAAAGCGCACCCUCUUUUGUCACGGUGCGGCAGCGAUCGGUCCGAAGGGCCAGGCCAGCAAAGCGAAUGUUUACUGCUUGUGGACCAAGCGCAGCAGCAGCCAGGCGAUCAAUAAAGAGUCACCGUGUAUGAUUUUGUAAAACUA